AUGGGCAUCGAGCACGUCAAGCAUGUGAUACUGAUUCUGUCGGGCAAGGGCGGCGUCGGCAAGUCGACGGUGUCAUGUGAGCUGGCCGUCUCUCUUCAAGAGCUGGGCCAUAAAGUUGGCCUGCUCGACAUUGACAUUUGCGGCCCCAGUGUGCCGCGAAUGUUCGGCCUGACGACGGAGGGCGUCGAGCAAGGUCAGGAUGGGUGGAUUCCCGUCAAGUACCAGCGACCGGGCAGGCCCGACCUGGCGGUGAUGUCCAUCGGCUUUCUGCUGCGGAGUCCCGACACGGCGGUCAUCUGGCGAGGGCCGAAGAAACACGCCAUGAUCCGCCAGUUCCUCGGCGACGUCAACUGGGGCCAGCUGGACUACCUGCUGGUGGACACGCCGCCGGGCACCUCGGAUGAGCACAUCAGCGUGGUGGAGGGCCUGCAGGAGCACCGCAACCCUGAUGGGGCGAUUCUGGUGACGACGCCGCAGGCCAUCGCCAUCGGAGACGUCCGUCGGGAGAUCACCUUCUGCCGGAAGGGCAACAUUGACAUUGUCGGCCUGGUGGAGAACAUGAGCGGCUACGUCUGCGAGCACUGUUCGGAGUGCACCAACAUCUUCUCCUCGGGCGGUGGUGAGAAGCUGGCCCGCCACGCCAACAUUGACCUCCUCACGAGCAUUCCCAUUGAGCCGCGGCUGGGCGAGUGCCUCGACCAUGGCCUCAACUUCAUUGAGCAGUACCGCGAGGCGGGCGACAGAGGCUCGGAGACCUGCAGGCGGCUGAUGGAGCUGGCGGAGAAGGUGGUGGGCAAGUUUGCCGAAAAAGAUGGUGGUCAACAAAAGACGGCAGCUGAGGCAGCUAAAGUCGAGUGA